ACAGUUUCAUUCGGCCCUGGAGGCAGACAAGGCUGAUAGAAAGAUGGCCCCUAGCCGUGAUCUUUCUGCCACGCGAUAUUCGAUAGUGGAUUCGUGGCAAAAUGUUGUUUCCCGAUUUGACGUUCUGGAAUCUAGCGGGCCAUAGCAUGCAAUAUUUGCCCUUCAGCGGUUUAUGGCAUGUACUAGCACCUGUGUUGACGUUUAUGGAAAAGCUGUUGCACGUACUGAGGCGUGACAGACGCACUUUUAUUAUGUUUUCUCUUUUUGCAUCGAGGGGGAAGUACCUUUUCACUUUACAGGAGGACGACGGCGGAGAAAGUUUGAGAGAAAUCAUCCUUUCGUUUCACUUAUCGGUUUUAAAAGUGCCGGAACUGAUGCGACCCGAUGGAAAAUCCACAUACUUGAGCAAGUUUUUUCUACUCAUUAAAAACCACGACUUUAUGUUGCCUGAAGCCGUCUUCAUUGUCCGGCAUGUUUAUAACGUGCAUUGAAGCCAACACUACCACCAACCCCCUGCUUAGCCCAUCCCAUCACUGUAGUGGUUGUUCGAGGAAGGGUAUUAG